CGAACGGCUUCUUCUUUGUCUGGGGGAACGUCGAACAGCAAUAGACAAAUCGCCGCUCCGAUCUCGAAACUCCUCUUUCCAUCCAAGUCAUCUCGCCCAACAUGAUCGCCCACCGGCUCGGCCUCGCUGCUGUGCGCAGCGCGACGAAGCCCAAUGUCUUCUUUCGCCAGAACAUCCCGCGCAUGGUCCUCGCCUCUGCCAUGUCAACCUCUCAGGCCCGACCCGUAUCGACCCAGAAGCUCUCCCAAGAGGAAGGCCAACAAGUCCUCGUCAACCAGCGCCUGAACCGCCCCGUCUCCCCCAACCUGGGCAUCUACAAGAUGGAGCAGACCUGGUUCGGCGCCUCCGCCUGGACCCGUAUCACCGGCUGCGUACUCUCCGGCGCCGCCUACGUCUACUUCACCGCAUACCUCGCCUCCCCUCUCCUCGGCCUCCACGUCGAGAGCGCCGCGCUGGCAUCCGGCUUCGCUGCCCUGCCCUUCGUCGUCAAAGGCGCCAUCAAGUUCGCUCUGGCCUUCCCCUUCACCUUCCACUUCAUCAACGGCAUCAAGCACCUGGUCUACGACUUAGGUAUUGGAUUCGCUAAGACCCAGAUUAAGAGGGGAGAGGCUGCUCUGUGGAUAUCGAGUUUCAUCGGCGGUGGCUACCUGGCUUUUGGCUUGUAAAGGAGCAUCAAUGGAUGGCUUAGAAGAAAUGAGGAAAAAAUCAACACCGGACAAGCAGCGGGCGGUGUAUGUAAAAUAAAUGGCCAUCAAAGGGCCUUUUUUU